AUGCAACCGUCGACUGUCCUCGUCCUGGCCGCGUCCGCUGCCACUGGUCUUGCUCAGUCAUGCACCUACCAAGCUGCCAGCUACCUGUCCGUCUGCCAACAGGGAAACAACCUAUUCUGCACCGGCAACACGGGCGUCUGCAGCAACUCAACAGACACAUUUGAUGAACAGGCUACAAUCGCAAACGAGGACGCUUGCGGUCCUGUGGGCUGGAAAGAGCAGGACUUGCCAACCUGA